AUGGAACGUGAAUCAAGAUACGCGGAAACUAAUGUCGGAAUCUCGAACAGAAAAGGCGGACAGAAUCUCAACCAGGACAGCGUAAAACCAGCGACAGGGACGAUGACCGGACGUCUGAUAUUGUCUGUAUUCGCAGCAGUGAUGGGAUCUCUGCAGUUCGGAUACAAUACAGGGGUCAUAAACGCGCCAGAGGGCAGCAUCAAAGACUUUAUGAACCAGACACACAUCCGACGGACAGGCGAGUCUUUAACAUUAGAAUCAAUUCGGAACACAUAUGCCUUACUGGUAGCCAUAUUUGCCGUUGGCGGAAUGCUAGGGGGUUUGCUUGCCGGAUGGUGGGCGGAUUAUUUCGGAAGGAAAUACGGAAUGCUGAUAAACAACGCGUUUGGGAUUGCCGCGGCGGCCUUGAUGUUUUUCAGUAGAAUGGCAUGGUCUUACGAAAUGGUGAUCGUGGGGAGGUUCUUUGUAGGAUUCAACAGUGGCCUUUAUACAGGAUUAACUCCCCUCUAUCUAUCGGAAAUUUCCACGUCAAACAUUCGGGGGGCGUUAGGAGUCAUUCACCAACUCGGAGUAACUAUCGGAAUCCUCCUCUCACAGAUACUUGGAUUCCCGGAACUCCUCGGAAAUGAACCUUACUGGCACAUACUUCUGGGUCUGUGUGCGGUUCCGUGCGCGUUACAGCUACUGACCAUGCCAUUCUGUCCAGAAAGUCCGAGAUACCUCCUUAUCUCUAAAGAGAAAGAAGACCACGCCCUUAAAGCCCUGGUAAAAUUGCGGGGAACAUCAGCUGUCCAUGACGACAUCGAAGAGAUGAAGAAAGAAUUCCUGAUCCAACAGUCCGAGGCCAAAAUCUCGCUGAUACACUUCCUCAGAAAAAAGUCCCUGUGGACUCCACUCCUUAUAAGUUUCAUAAUGCACCUCUCACAGCAGCUGUCUGGUAUUGUUGCGGUUUUCUACUAUUCAUUCAGUUUAUUUAAAAGUGUUGGCCUAUCUGAGGAUUCUGCAGCUCAUGCUACCAGUGGUAUUGGCGCCAUCAUGGUAACCAUGACAAUGGUAACAAUACCAUUGAUGGAUAGGGUAGGGCGACGAACGCUCCACCUACUAGGACUUGGAGGAAUGUUUGUAUUCAGUAUCCUGAUCACCGUGUCACUAGCACUCACGCAUCUAGCAGAAUGGGUCAAGGUGACAAACGUGGUUGUCUCCCUUCUUUAUGUCGUCUUCUUCGCUAUUGGGCCAGGCUCAAUUCCCUGGCUAAUCGUGGCGGAGCUGUUUUCCCAGGGUCCCAGGCCGGCUGCCAUUAGUCUCUCUGUCCUCGUCAACUGGGUGGCAAACUUCGCUGUAGGGUAUGCCUUCCCGAGCAUGCAGGCUGGACUUGGAAAUUACUCUUUUCUGCCGUUCACAGGAUGCAUUGCACUUUGCGGAAUAUUUUUGUUUAUAUAUCUACCAGAAACUAAAAAUAGGACAUUUGAAGAUAUAACGUCUGCUUGGAGAAAACGUCCAGAUUCAGAAUUAUCACUCUCUUCCGCCGGAAGUAACGAAGUAGCAAAAGAAGAUUCCAACCUCGUGACUUUUUCUGGUGUGAAGAGCCAUAUCUAG